GUAUGGCGUCAGCACGCAGCUCGGCUCCGGGGAGGCCCGCCCCUCGUUGUGGGCGUGGUCGUGACGCUACAAUACCAAACUGGCGUCACGACGCCGAGGACGCGUUUAAGGAAGCUGCAGCGUCGGAUCCUACCUGUUUGCUGGCCUAGAGAAUUCCAGUUCUUCCCUGGUGGUUAGCGUUAUAUGAAAGUAAGAUAUUUUCAGUGUCUGUUAGGAACCCGCUAAAUGACAGUGAGGCAACUAUCGAACCCAGAUGUGGGACAAGCAGAAAGAGGUCUUCCUUCCCUCGACCCCUGGCUUGGGCAUGCACGUGGAGGUUAAGGACCCCGAUGGCAAGGUGGUACUGUCCCGACAGUAUGGCUCCGAGGGUCGUUUCACGUUCACCUCCCACACUCCUGGUGAACAUCAGAUUUGUCUGCACUCUAAUUCCACCAGAAUGGCCCUCUUCGCUGGUGGCAAACUGCGCGUGCACCUGGACAUCCAAGUUGGGGAGCAUGCCAACAACUACCCCGAGAUUGCAGCAAAGGAUAAGCUGACGGAAUUGCAGCUCCGUGCCCGCCAGUUGCUUGAUCAAGUGGAACAGAUCCAGAAGGAGCAGGAUUACCAGAGGUAUCGUGAAGAACGCUUCCGUCUGACCAGUGAGAGUACCAACCAGAGGGUCCUGUGGUGGUCCAUCGCUCAGACCGUCAUCCUUAUCCUCACUGGCAUUUGGCAGAUGCGUCACCUCAAGAGCUUCUUUGAGGCCAAGAAACUGGUGUAGUGCCCUCUCCCUAUGAUCCUGUUCACUUUAGUUCUUUGGUACUUUCCCCAACCAAUCCCUUAACCACCUGGAUUUGGGUGGCGGGGGGAAUGAAAAAGAAUGUGAUAUGUUGGUACUACGGCAACAAACCAUUCAGAUCAGUAACUUGUUUAACCUUGAAUCUCAAGGACACAGGACAUUGGUCCAAGAUUUCAAAUUCUAUUUUAGGGCUUAUAAGGAAUUGGAACUAAUCCAAGACUAAGUCUUGUCUCUUUUGCCUCCAGUAAUUCCUGUCUUUUCACAAAAUGAGCAAAUGACCUUCUGUCUUUUCUUCAUCUGAUUACACAGUAGGUGAUGCAUACCCCACAAAGGAGGCCUUGCCUCACUGCUCCCUAGCCAGUUCUGGGUUCACUCAAUGGCUCUCUGAAUGUAAAUAGGGGCAGAUCUUGGCCCCAGUGGAUCGAGAUGUUUUUCUAUAUAUUAGAACUAUUUUUUGAUAAAUUAUAUAUUUUCCUUCCUAGUUGAAGUGUUACUGCCUGUAACUAGCUAAAAACACCAAUCUAGUCCUUGUGCUUUCUGUUUAUUCAGACAUUUUUAAUAACUUCCAUGGCAGCUCUCAGGAUUUCAGCAGUCUGUGGGCCAGAGAGCAGAUGUUAACAGCUGCUCUCAAGGCCAUAUUAGAAGGCCUAGCACAAUUCUCUUGGACACCUGUGAUUCCCAUCUGAUAGGGCCUCAGAGUCAGGUCAGGUAGUGGUAGAUCCAGUAUGGGCAGUGCACUCUUACUUUCCCUCUUCACCCCAAUUUAUUUAAGCUGUGGUAAUAUUUUCUUUAAGGGAACCAAAUUUGGUUCUUUAUUCAGAUUUUUCCAAUGAAAUAAAAUGUCUUAUAGUAGCUGUGUUUGAGAUGAAAUAAGAGAUUGUGGGCAGAAGGGAAGCAAAAAGGGAAAGAGGAAAAAUUCUUGGUCUGCCCAAGUGGGUGAUCUGGUGUGGACUUUAGUGUGGACUUGUGUUAGGAUUUGCUUGGAUGAACCUCUUUCUGGGAGACUGGGGGGGGGACAAAGUGGUUGUUUAAUCAUUCUCAGGCUGACCAAAUAGAGAACAUGGACAUGUGAGGAAACUUAAGUAUUUGGUUUUCUUAGUUCUUGAAUCAUAAAUUUAAACACCUUAUGCCCUUCUGUAUAAAAACUUUAUGAUUAGUUGCCCGUUCUUGAUAUUUUAUUUCAUAAUUUUAUUAUAAAUAUAUUUGGAUUAUUUAUUAAAUUACUUUACCUGA